AUGUUGUCUUCGCUGAUGGCAAAUGAUUUGCGCUUAUCUAUGACUAAUGUCGUCUUCAACAACAACGAGGAGUUAGGUGAACAUUGUCGCCAGUUUCAUAGAGGGAAAGGGAUCGAGGGAACAUCAAGAAACGCUCAAGAAAGGGCCUCCCUAGAAGAUGAACCAAAAGAUGAUAUAGCAACAGAAGAGGUUGACGCUAGUGAUUGUCGGAGGAACGAAGAACCAGUGGUGGACAGUGUGGUGUUUCAGUGCAAUGAGUGCACAUACGUUCUAUUCAACAGCCGCGACCAGUUAGUUGAACAUCGCUGCCAGUUUCACAAAGGGAAAGCGAUCGCGGGAACAUCAAGAAACGCUCAAGAGAAGGCCUUCGUGGAAGAUGAAGAUGAUAUAGCGACCGAUGGUGAUGAAUAA